AUGCUUCGACACUCUUUGGCUCGUUCGGCCUUGCGGACGGGCAGUCGAGCUGCCCGUGCCUCGAGGGCAUUCGCGACGACACCCCAUCGCUCGGCUGAAGUGGAGUUGACGAUUGAUGGCAAGAAGGUCUCCAUCGAAGCUGGCUCCGCCCUCAUCCAGGCCUGUGAGAAGGCUGGCGUCACCGUCCCUCGGAAACUGAUGAUUGCGGGUAACUGCCGCAUGUGCCUGGUCGAGGUCGAGAGGGCUCCCAAGCCCGUUGCCUCGUGUGCAUGGCCUGUCCAGCCCGGCAUGGUGGUCAAGACUAACUCGGCCCUGACCCACAAGGCCCGCGAGGGCGUCAUGGAGUUCCUCCUCGCCAACCACCCCCUCGACUGCCCCAUCUGCGACCAGGGAGGCGAGUGUGACCUCCAGGACCAGUCGAUGCGUUACGGUGCCGACCGUGGACGUUUCCACGAGACCGGCGGCAAGCGUGCUGUCGAGGACAAAAACAUCGGUCCACUUAUCAAGACGUCGAUGAACCGGUGCAUUCACUGCACCCGCUGCGUGCGUUUCUCCAACGACAUCGCCGGCGCCCCCGAGCUGGGGACCACAGGCCGUGGAAAUGACAUGCAGAUUGGCACCUACCUCGAGCAGAACCUCGAUUCCGAGCUAUCGGGCAACGUCAUCGACCUGUGCCCCGUCGGCGCCCUGACGUCGAAGCCCUACGCCUUCCGCGCCCGUCCCUGGGAGCUCAAGCACUCCGAGUCGAUUGACGUGCUCGAUGGCCUGGGCUCCAACAUCCGCGUCGACUCUCGUGGCCUCGAGGUAAUGCGCAUCGUGCCCCGCCUCAACGACGACGUCAACGAAGAGUGGAUCAACGACAAGACACGCUUCGCUUGCGACGGUCUCAAGACCCAGCGUCUGACCAUGCCCCUCGUCCGCCGCGAGGGCAAGUUCGAGGCAGCCGACUGGGAGGAGGCCCUGUCCGAGGUGGCCCGCGCCUACGAAGUCAUCAAGCCCCAGGGCAACGAGUUCAAGGUCGUGGCCGGUGCCCUGACCGACGUCGAGUCGCUCGUCGUGGCCAAGGACAUGGCCAACAAGCUCGGCUCCGACAAUCUGGCCCUCGAUACCCCGACGGGUAGCCAGCCCAUCGCCCACGGCGUCGACGUCCGCUCCAACUACCUAUUCAACUCGCAGAUCCGCGGCAUCGAAGAAGCCGACGCCAUCCUGCUGGUGGGCACCAACCCCCGCCACGAGGCCGCGGUCCUCAACGCCCGCAUCCGCAAGCAGUGGCUCCGCUCCGACCUGGAGGUUGCCCUCGUCGGCGAGACGUUCAACUCCACCUUCGAGUUCGAGCACCUGGGCGUUGAUCAUGCCGCCCUCGAGCAGGCCCUGGCCGGACCCUUUGGCAAGAAGCUCCAAUCCGCCGAGCGGCCCAUGAUCAUUGUGGGCUCGGGCGUGACAGACCACGUCGACGCCAAGGCCUUCUACGAGACGGUGGGCGCCUUUGUGGAGAAGAACGCCGCCAAUUUCGCCACGGCCGAGUGGGACGGCUACAACAUCCUGCAACGUGAGGCCUCUCGCGCGGGAGCCUUUGAGGUCGGCUUCACCACUCCCUCGGCCGAGGUCGCCGAGACCAAGCCCAAGUUCGUCUGGCUCCUCGGCGCCGACGAGUUCAACGAGGCCGACAUCCCCAAGGACGCCUUCGUCGUCUACCAGGGCCACCACGGCGACCGCGGCGCCCAGCUUGCGGACGUCAUCCUCCCCGGCGCUGCCUACACCGAGAAAGCGGGUACCUAUAUCAACACCGAGGGUCGCGUGCAGAUGACGCGUGCCGCCACGUCUCUUCCCGGCGCAGCCCGCACCGACUGGAAGAUCCUCCGUGCCGCGGGAGAGUUCCUCGGCGCCCCGCUCCCCUACGACGAUGUGGCGGCCGUGAGGGACCGCAUGGUCGAGAUCAGCCCCGCCCUCGCGGCCUACGACGUCGUCGAGCCCGUCGCCCUUCGUGGCCUGUCUAAGGUCCAGCUCGUGGACCAGAACAAGGGAUCUAAGGCUACUGGCGAAGCCCUCAAGAACCCCAUUCAGAACUUUUACUUCACAGACGUCAUCUCCAGGAGCUCCCCCACAAUGGCCCGGUGCUCUGCCUCCAAGGCUACGGGCGACCCUCGGACAAACUUUAUGGCCCCUGGUAUCGAGGCUGAGAGACCCAUGGGCCAGGUUGAGUACGGUGCAUAG